AUGUCCCGGGGAUGCAGACGUCUCUUGCCCAUCUGCAUCUUCCAGCGCCAGGCCGAAACCUCAGACACUGGAGCCCCUAUCCUUGCUUACAUGGUGACGGCCGCGGUCUCCGAAGGAGCCAGUGUCCAACAUCCACUGCUGUGUGAGCAAGCACGCCUCCAGGAGACCAACGAUAUUGAUACUAGCGAAGAAAGCAUUGACUGA